AUGGCACUGCGUAGCAUGCUUAAAACCGCGUAUGGAGAAGACACGGUGAGGAUUGCGCUAGAGACCACCGCCGGCAGCAGCACCAUCGGCCGCAGCACCGCUGGCAGCACCAGCGCCGGCCGCAGCACCGCUGGCAGCACCAGUGGGGUUUCCGUGCUGCCCGUUACCACAACGGUUGUGCUGGGACCUGCGCAGCUGAGCUUCAGCAAGCAGCGCUGCGCGAGCGUGCCUAAGAAGGCCACAAAGCAGAGGAACGCGCAGGGCAAGGAGAUGGACAGCAUGGUCAACCCGAACACUACUGCGGCCAAGUUCCCAAGCACAAAGAAGCAGCUUCAGAAGGGGGUUUCCGUGGCAUCUGUUCUUUGUGCUCUUCCCGAGCAGCAGCAGAAGGAAGAUUCGCCACAGCAGCCACAGCCGAAUGCCGAUCCUGCCUGUGCGGCGUUGGGCUGUGAGCCUGCUGGUGGCACAUGUGAGCCAUCCACUGCGCUCACUCCCACCCCUCAUUCAUACUCUCCCGCCGUUCCUAUUGCUUCUCCCGCUCUCCCUUGCUUCUCCCUCUCUGCCUUGCUUCUCCCUCUCUGCCUUGCUUCUCCCUCUCUCCCUUGCUUCUCCCUCUCUCCCUUGCUUCUCCCUCUCUGCCUUGCUUCUCCCUCUCUGCCUUGCUUCUCCCUCUCUCCCUUUCUUCUCCCUCUCUCCCUUGCUUCGCCCUCUCUCCCUUGCUUCUCCUCUCUCCCUUGCUUCUCCCUCUCUCCCUUGCUUCUCCCUCUCUCCCUUGCUUCUCCCUCUCUCCCUUGCUUCUCCCUCUCUCCCUUGCUUCUCCCUCUCUCCCUUGCUUCUCCCUCUCUCCCUUGCUUCUCCCUCUCUCCCUUGCUUCUCCCUCUCUCCCUUGCUUCUCCCUCUCUGCCUUGCUUCUCCCUCUCUCCCUUGCUUCUCCCUCUCUGCCUUGCUUCUCCCUCUCUCCCUUGCAUCCCUUGCCUUCCUCACCCUCACCCUGUGGCGCUGCCCCUCCGCAACUAA